AUGAAUGUCGACGAGCUAUUUAAGAAGCCAACCUCCAGUGGAAGCGCGAAGCGCAAGUUCGAGCCCCUCUCAGACCCGAAUGAGGUGUACAAAUCCGCAAAGCUGGACUCUGAUGGAGACGCCAGAUCAAAUGGGAAGGCCGCCAUGGUAGAAGACGAGGAGGACGAUGGGGAAGCUGGACCCGAGCUUCCUCCAGACUUCGAAGAGGAAGACCCAGAUGACGAGGAGGGCCGUUUCUUUGGCGGUGGUAUGGAGCAAAAGACAGCCCAGGCUAUGGAAUACAUUGAUGAGAACGAAGGAGAAGAUAUUGCGCCUGAGAAGUUCGACGCUGCGUGGGUACGCCGUUUCGCAUUGAACUUCGAACGAAAGAUCUCGAAGAACGCCGAAUUACGAGCGAAGUUUGAAAGCGACCCCAAAAAGUUUAUGGCCUCUGAGGCGGACCUUGAUAAUGAGAUCAAGGGUCUAUCAAUCCUCUCCGAGCAUCCUGACCUCUACGAAGAGUUCGCUAAAAUGGGAUGUGUGGGCUCCUUAAUCUCCCUUUUGUCUCAUGAGAAUGCAGAUAUCGCAAUCGACGUGAUCCAAGUCAUCAGUGAAUUGACAGACGAGGAUGUCGAAGCUGAGCAAGUACAGUGGAAUGCUUUAGUCAACGCAAUGAUGGAAGCCGAUCUUAUUGAGUUGUUAACACAAAACCUCUCUCGGCUCGAUGAAGCGUCCGAAACCGACAGGGCGGGAGUCUAUUAUGUGCUGAGUGUUUUGGAGAAUGUCGCCUCACAGACAUCGCACGCAGAGGCCAUUGCACUCGACGCCGCCGUCUUGCCUUGGAUUUUGUCACGCAUCCAACAAAAAGAAGCAGUUGUGUCUCAAAACAAGCAGUAUGCGGCAGAAGUCUUGGCGAUUCUACUUCAAUCAUCAUCAUCGAACCGUAAGAAGUUUAUUGAACUCGACGGUAUUGAUUUGAUCCUACAGAUACUCAGUUCAUACCGCAAGCGAGAUCCGGCAAAAGAUUCAGACGAAGAAGAGUUUGCUGAGAACCUGUUUGACUCUCUCAUCUGUCUCGUCGAGGAAGAUUCUGGGAAAAUCAAAUUUGUCGAGGCGGAGGGAAUUGAACUGGCACUGAUCAUGCUCAAGGAAGGGAAGUUCAGUAAGCCCCGCGCCUUGAGGGUUCUUGAUCAUGCCUUGGGCGGAGUUGGAGGUGCCCCGGCAUGCGAGAGAUUGGUCGAGGCAGCUGGCUUGAAGACUGUCUUCGGCAUGUUCCUGAAAAAGCAAGAAGGUCAAGCCAUUGAGCACUUCCUCGGAAUUUUUGCUUCGCUUCUCCGUCUCCUUCCCGGGGGCUCUGCGCCACGCAUCCGAACCCUGGCCAAGUUCAUGGAAAAGGAUUAUGCAAGAAUCGAAAAGCUCAUUACUUUAAGGCGCGAAUAUGCCGCGCGUGUCACACCCGUUGAACAAGCAAUUGCUAAAGAGCGGAGAACGUUUGACGAGGAGGAGCAGAAGCUCAUGGCUGGCGAAUGGUUGUCUAGGCGGUUUGAUGCCGGCCUGUUCUCACUACAGACUAUUGACCUCAUUCUGGCAUGGCUUCUCGCCGAGGACGAUGGCGCACAGAAGAAGAUUGUCUCACUUCUUGCCGACCGCGAUGAGGAUCUAUCGCUGAUCCGCAGCACAUUGCAAGAACAACUUGAAGGAGUUGGCGAGGAGGAACCAGGUCAUCAGGACUUCAAGGAUAUGCUCACCACUCUUCUGCAGUUCUUGUGA